AUGCUCUCACGUGUUGCUGCUGUGAAGGCACCCCGCACACACAACCAUCGCGGCGUGACCGGAUCCCGCGGAAGGAGGAGGGAAGGAAGAGAGAGUGAGCCGCAGAGGCCCCACAUGUCCCGGCGUGUGUUUGCUUCCGCGGUGCUGCUUCUUCUCCUCGUUGUGAUGAUGUGCUGCGGUGGAGCUGCACAGGCCCAAAGCUUUGGAACGGGAAUGGGCGAUUCCUAUGGAGGACAAGGUUCGAGGCAGUUGCAAAGGGGGCAUCAGGCCGCAAACCCACCGGUCCCUGGCCACAUUUUCCGCAAUCCCCAUCUUGUGAAUGUGGACGGGAUGCUGCUGGCCAUUGCUGGAGCUCAGUUCAAUAGAACUGUGGGGAGCGGGAGUGCGUCCAUGCAGUUGGCGGCGCAGCUCAGCAUGAAUCGUGGGGUGAAUUGGAGUUCGUACGCGGGACCAGAAGAUCUUGACGCUUUUGCUGCACGCCUUCACCAGAUGUUGUUUACCACGCCUUUCAGACUCUUCGGACCGCUUUUUGCUUUUGUGGAGGGCUACGACUUACGGACUGGGGCCAUAAUUCGGUUUCCCGAUGAGCGGGGAAGUGGGUUGGAGUCUGUUAUCCAUUUUCUGGAGACGGGGCCUGGACGAAGCGGAGGUUUGUCGAUGAAUUCCGACUCUAUGAGCAUUAGCCUUCCUUAUCCCUAUAAAUCCGACGACUUGAUUGGCUUCCUCAACGAUGCCAGCACUCCCAUCACGAGAAUGACGGAUAACACGCUCGUGUUUCCCGUGCAGUUUCUGACAUUUGGAGGGAACACUGCGUCCACAAUCAUGUACAUGAAUUUCACUCAACAGCGCUGGACCUUUGCGAACAGCGCGACACAUGCGGGCUGCACCAGCCCCAGUAUCCUUGAGUGGGAUGCUGGUAAAAUCAUCAUGAUCACCUCAUGUGAGUACGGCCGCCGAAGGGUGUACGAGUCGACUGACAAGGGGAACACGUGGAAGGAGGCUCUGGGGACGCUCUCGCGCGUGUGGAGCAACUCAUUGGCCGGUUCUGGGCUCCACAUUCAGAGUGGAUUCAUCACUGCAACCAUUGAUGGAAAGAAGGUGAUCCUCCUCACCCAGCUGGAAUAUUUCGGGGACAACCGAAAGAGCGAGAUUCACCUGUGGCUAACGGACACGAACCGCAUUUACCACGUUGGCCAGUUACCCACUGGGUAUGGCGCGACCUCCAGCUCCCUGUUGUACGCGGAUGAUAGGCUGUAUUGUUUGUACGAGACCAGUGGUGGAAGCGACUCAGCCUUCUUCCUGGAUCUGACGUCUGAGCUGCAGGGGAUAAGGCGUGCGCUGUCUACCUGGGCCGCAAAUGACAUUGCCUUGAGACAAUGCAGCUCAAUUGCCGCGAACGCCGCGCUGUCAAGAUGGGACUGUUCUGUUCCUAUCCCCACGGCUGGGCUUGUGGGCCAUUUGGCCGAUAGGCUCCGUGGGGACAAGUGGGAGGACGAGUACCUUGGGGUGAAUGCUGUUGUGAGGGGUGCGACGAAAAAGGUUCCCAGUGGGUUGACGUUCGAAGGGCAUGACGCAGGGGCCCAGUGGCCUGUGGACAAGCAGUGGCCGACCAGACCACUCCACUUUGCAAACUAUGGGUUUACUCUUGCGGCAACGGUGUCGAUCCACGAGGUGCCGACGGGCAUCACUCCCCUGAUGGGCCUGGAGAAAAUGGGGAAGACAACACUCCUGGGACUGUCGUACGAUAAUAAUAUGAGGUGGAGCGUGGUGCACGGGUCGUACCUAAGGUAUUUAACCAAAUGGGAGCUGGACAAGACGUAUCACGUGGUGCUCAAAAUGCAUGACGGUGUGGGCUCCGUGUACGUUGACGGGACUCUCCUUUGGAAUUUGAGGCUGAGAAAUUCGUUCAAUGAAGGGCUGGACACGGUCUCACACUUUUACUUUGGCGCGUACGAUGAGCAGCUGAGCAGCGGAAAAAUCCAUGCGACGGUGGCGAACGUCUUUCUGUACAACCGCCCGUUGAAUGACACUGAGAUUGGUGCCCUCAACGCGAGUAAAGUCACCAUUCCACCUCCGGAAAGGAAGCCGGUGCCGGCGGCGGCAGCUACUUCUCCGUCCGUUGGACCUGCCAACGAGAGGAUGACCACAAAUACACAGCCAACUGCGCCAGCACCCACUCCUGCCGGACCACAGCCGACGACACGAGUAACCUCGAACGGGAGCAGUGGUGCAAGCGGUGGCGCUCCAUCCACGCCAGCGGUGUCGGAAUCAGAAGAGCCGAAACCAGCGGAGUCGGAAUCAGAAGAGCCCAAACCGGCGGAGUCGGAAUCAGAAGAGCCCAAACCGGUGGAGUCGGAAUCAGAAGAGCCGAAACCAGCGGAGCCCAAUGCCGCGACAUCCUCAGCUAGGGAGGGAACUGCAGACCAGCCGGCAUCUGCCACAUCUUCAAGCGCCGCCAUUACUGAUUUUGGUGCUUUCUCAUCUGAUGAUGCACAAACGGUGGGGACGGAAGGUGGAGAUAUGAUGCAGGCAGAUCAACCAACCCAAUUCUCUGUGGGCAACCCCAACGCAGCAAAUGCAGCAGCACAUAACGCUGAAGGCAAGGGCAAAAAUGGGCUCCAUCCACAGGUCAAGAAAGCAGAGGCGGCGACACUCAGCAGCAGCCUUUUAAAUUCGUCGCAGUGGGAUAACAGCGUUGCUGGCACUAUGCGUGGGAGCGGACUGCUGCCGCUGCUUCUUCUGCUGGGACUGUGGGGGUUUGCGGCUGCGUGA